AUGACUCUCGGCAUCCUGUUGACCAAGGCCACGUGUGGAGACUCUUCUGAGUUGCAGCAGUACAUCGUGGGUGCCUUACACAAGAAGGCUCAAGGGAACAGCACUGCAUAUGGGGAGAUGAUUGAAGUCAUCGACGCGGAGAGGGAUGAUGCCGAGCUCGCAGUCCUCUUGACCUGUCUGAUCCGAUGCACAUCCUGCCUGCAGAGGAAGCAUCACUCCUCCCUGAUCCACUCCAUCUUCGCGCAUUCUUGGCGCACCAACAGGGCUCUCACCCCCCACCUGGAGGCCUUGGCAGUGAACUCAGUGUCGGCCAACGCGGACCUGCUGUCUCUGAUCUUGUUCGAGCUUGUCAAGCAGCUCACCUUGUUCAACCUGAACCCCACGGGCAACGACGCAAGCAGCGCCAUCGAUAGCGCGGGCAAGGAAGCCGAACAUCCUUCGAGCGAUGCUGCUGACGUCCAGAAGGCCAAAGACGUGCACACGGUAGUUCGUAGGGUGCUCGAGACUUUUCCCACGGGGAUUAUGUGCUACCUUGACCUGCUGGUCAACUCGUUUCCUCACCAUCGGAAGGAUCUCAGCGAGCUUGUCUGCUUCCUCGGAAACAUGCUCCACGUGACCGAGUACCUGCCGCAGCUCCAGGACGGGAUCCUCAACCACGUGGUCGAUCGGCUGAUUCGGCUGGACGUCGAGAUUGACCCUGAAGCAAUCUCCGUUGGGCAUGACGCGAACAGCACAGAAGGACUGUUCGACAUCGACAUCGACGACUCCAGCACCUCUGAGAGGAGCGAGAAUAUGAAGGCGGUGGAGAAGCUGGACGCAAUGAUGACUCUGAUGUUUCGUUUCUUCCACAAGAACCUGGGCAAGCGGGCAGGACAUGACCGGGAUCAGGUCUUCAGCGUCCUGUUGCGCAUCUUUGACUCCCGCGUCCUCACUACCUUCCGCUCCAAGUACGUCCAGUUCCUCUGCUUCUACUCCUGCCACUUCCGCGAGCGUUAUUCCCGGGAGUUCCUCCAGUACCUCAUGACCAAGGUAGUCGAGAGGAGCAACCCGGACAACGAGCGGCAUGCUGCUGGCUCGUACCUUGGAAGCUUUCUGGCUCGAGCGAGGUUCGUCAAGCUGCCUAUGGUGCAGAAAUCUCUCUCGCUUCUCACCAAGUGGAUCCUCGAGUAUAUCGACGAGGUCUCCCCUACUGUACAUGAGCCGGACCCGUACCAGCACAGCUUGUUCUACGGUCUUGUGCAGGCUCUCCUCUACGUCCUCUGCUUCCGCGUGCCGCAGCUUGUGGCGGAUGAGCGGAACUACGAUACUUUCUUGCGAUUCGAACUGCAACUGGACGUGAUAACAAGGUGUUCCUUGAAUCCCCUGAAGGUCAUCAACCAGAACGUGUCGAAGCAGUUUGUGCGGAUCUGUGUAAAAUACAAACUCUUGCAAGCUGAGAUGCUGCGCAACCUCCUGGCAUACAACCAGAGCAUCGUGGUGAAUGGGGUCUUGGAGUUUGAGCAAGAGCACUCAUUUUUCCCCUUCGACAACUACAACCUCCCUCUGUCUCGGACCUUCAUCGAUGGUGCCAACGAGGCGUCCUCGAGCCAGCUGGGGUCGUCGGUGGAGGAUGCAGAGGGAGUGGCGAUGUCGCUCAAUUCGCAGCUCUCCUUGAGCGAUCAGGGUCCUCACAAUAGCUUCUCACCCUCUUGGAAGCCGAUGAGCUUCAGCCCUCCUCACGAGGAGAAGAUGAACGGCAUGCGGAUGCUUGCCGAGUCUCAGAUGCGGGCCAGAUAG